AUGGAGGAGAACGCCUUCAGCGUGCAGCAGCUGCAGCCCAACGUCAUCUCGGUGAGGCUGUUCAAGCGCAAGGUGGGGGGCCUGGGCUUCCUGGUGAAGGAGCGCGUCAGCAAGCCGCCCGUCAUCGUCUCCGACCUGAUCCGGGGAGGAGCUGCUGAGCAGAGUGGCCUCGUGCAGGCUGGGGACAUCAUUUUAGCUGUCAAUGGGCGGCCCUUGGUGGACACCAGCUACGAGAGCGCGCUGGAGAUCCUGAGGAGCAUCGCCUCCGAGACCUACGUGGUGCUCAUCCUGCGCGGCCCCGAGGGCUUCACCACUCACCUGGAGACCACCUUUGCAGGCGACGGGACGCCCAAAACCAUCCGUGUCACCCGGCCCCUCUGCCCUGCACCCAGAGCCGUUGAAUUGUCCAACCCCAACCUCCACGGCCAGGAACUGCCUGCAGCCAUGGGUUCUCUCUGGACCAGGGAGACGGGGCGGGAUGUGGAGCCCGUGGUCCAUGUCAACGGGUUGGUCACCGGCCCCAAAGGGCAGGAUGGCAACAAGGGGAAGGACAGCGCCUGCAGCCACCUCUGUCUCAAUGGCGGAGUGGAAGACAACGAGCUUCUCAAGGAGAUUGAGCCUGUCCUGGACCUCCUGAAGAGCAGCAGUAAGGACGGCGGUGGAGAUGUGCCCUGCAAGGUAGAGACAAGGGAUAUAGAAGUCCAGGUGGACUGUUUCAGGGAAGGGGAGAACAAGUUGCAGACAGCCUUCCCAGCUCAGAUGGAGAACGACCGUGUCUUUGGUGACCUGUGGGGGAAGAGCAAUGCGCCUGUGGUCCUCAACAACCCCUACUCCGAGGCAGAGCAGCCAGCACCAUCGGGGCGGCAGUCCCCAACGAAGAGCGCAGCAAACGGCAGCCCCUCCAAAUGCCCGCGGUUCGUCAAGAUCAAGAACUGGGAGACGGGCUCCGUGCUCCACGACACUCUGCAUCUCAAGACAGCCAUGACCACCGCAUGCACUGAGCAGAUCUGCAUGGGCUCUGUGAUGACCCCCAGCCAGCACGUCCGCAAAUCAGAAGACACCAGGCCAAAAGAGGAGGUGCUCCUCCUGGCUAAGGACUUCAUUGAUCAGUACUACUCCUCCAUUAAGAGAUCUGGCUCCAAGGCCCACAUGGAGAGGCUGGAGGAGGUGACCAAGGAGAUUGAAGCCACCGACACCUACCAGCUGCGGGACACAGAGCUGAUCUAUGGUGCAAAGCAUGCCUGGAGGAAUGCAGCCCGCUGUGUGGGCAGGAUUCAGUGGUCCAAGCUGCAGGUGUUUGAUGCUCGAGACUGCACCACAGCCCAUGGGAUGUUCAAUUAUAUCUGCAAUCACAUCAAAUAUGCCACCAACAAAGGGAACCUCAGAUCUGCAAUCACCAUCUUCCCACAGCGGACGGACAGCAAGCACGACUUUCGCAUCUGGAACGCACAGCUCAUCCGCUACGCCGGCUACAAGCAGCCCGACGGCACCAUCCUGGGGGACCCUGCCAACGUGGAGCUGACAGAGAUCUGCAUUCAGCAGGGGUGGAAGGCACCGUAUGGCCGUUUCGAUAUUCUGCCUCUGCUUCUCCAAGCCAACGGCAACGACCCAGAGCUCUUUGAAAUCCCCCCAGAGCUCGUGCUGGAAGUGCCCAUCCGGCACCCCAAGUUCGAGUGGUUCAAGGACCUGGGCCUGAAGUGGUACGGUCUGCCUGCAGUGUCCAACAUGCUCCUUGAGAUCGGUGGCUUGGAGUUCUCCGCCUGCCCCUUCAGCGGCUGGUACAUGGGCACAGAGAUCGGGGUCCGGGAUUACUGCGACAACUCCCGCUACAACAUCCUGGAGCAAGUGGCCAAGAAAAUGAACCUGGACAUGAGGAAAACCUCCUCGCUGUGGAAGGAUCAGGCCCUGGUGGAGAUCAACAUCGCUGUGUUGUACAGCUUCCAGAGUGACAAAGUGACCAUUGUGGACCACCACUCGGCCACCGAGUCCUUCAUCAAGCACAUGGAGAACGAGUACCGCUGCCGUGGGGGCUGUCCUGCUGACUGGGUGUGGAUCGUGCCACCCAUGUCUGGCAGCAUCACCCCAGUUUUCCACCAGGAGAUGCUCAACUACCGCCUCACACCCUCCUUUGAAUACCAGCCCGACCCCUGGAACACCCACAUCUGGAAGGGAGUCAAUGGGACACCUACCAAGAAGAGGGCCAUUGGCUUUAAGAAGUUGGCAAAAGCUGUGAAGUUCUCAGCCAAGCUGAUGGGACAAGCCAUGGCCAAGAGGGUCAAAGCAACCAUCCUGUAUGCCACAGAGACGGGGAAGUCACAGGUCUACGCAAAAACCCUGUGUGAAAUCUUCAAGCAUGCGUUCGACGCCAAGGUGAUGUCCAUGGACGAGUAUGACAUCGUGCACCUAGAGCAUGAAACCAUGGUCCUGGUGGUCACAAGCACCUUUGGCAAUGGAGACCCACCUGAAAAUGGAGAGAAAUUUGGCUGUGCGCUCAUGGAGAUGAAGAAUCCCAACUCCAACCUGGAGGAGAGAAAGAGCUACAAGGUCCGUUUCAACAGUGUCUCCUCCUACUCGGAUGCACGGAAGUCCUCAAGUGAUGGCCCUGACUCCAGGGACAACUUUGAAAGUACAGGACCCCUAGCUAAUGUCAGGUUCUCUGUGUUUGGGCUGGGUUCACGAGCAUACCCCCACUUCUGUGCCUUUGCACGGGCAGUGGAUACCUUGCUGGAGGAGCUGGGCGGGGAGCGGAUCCUGCGCAUGGGAGAGGGGGACGAGCUCUGUGGCCAGGAGGAGUCCUUCCGCACCUGGGCCAAGAAAGUCUUCAAGGCAGCGUGCGAUGUCUUCUGCGUGGGAGAUGAUGUCAACAUCGAGAAGGCCAACAACUCCCUCAUCAGCAAUGACCGGAGCUGGAAGAGGAGCAAGUUCCGUCUCACCUACGUGGCUGAGGCCCCGGAGCUCACACAAGGGCUGUACAGCAUCCACAAAAAGCGUGUCUACGCAGCCCGGCUGAUCACACGCCAAAACCUGCAGAGCCCUAAGUCCAGUCGGUCGACCAUUUUCCUGCGUCUCCACACUAAUGGCCACCAGGAGCUGCAGUACCUGCCUGGGGACCACUUGGGUGUCUUUCCAGGGAACCACGAGGAGCUGGUCAAUGCCCUGAUUGACAGGCUUGAGGAUGCUCCUCCGGCCAACCAGCUGGUGAAGGUGGAGCUCCUGGAGGAGAGGAGCACAGCUCUAGGCGUCAUCAGUAACUGGACAGACGAGAACCGCAUCCCACCAUGCACCAUCUUCCAGGCUUUUAAAUACUAUCUGGACAUCACCACCCCUCCCACCCCGCUGCUGCUGCAGCAGUUUGCUUUGUUGGCCACCAGUGACAAGGAGAAGAAACGUCUGCAGGUCCUUAGCAAGGGCUUGCAGGAGUACGAGGAGUGGAAGUGGUCCAAGAACCCUACGGUGGUGGAAGUGCUGGAGGAAUUCCCCUCGGUGCAGAUGCCCUCCACACUGCUGCUCACACAGCUGCCCCUGCUGCAGCCCCGCUACUACUCCAUCAGCUCCUCCCCAGAGAUGUACCCUGGAGAGGUCCAUCUCACCGUGGCCGUGGUCUCCUACCGCACUAGAGAUGGAGAAGGCCCCAUCCAUCACGGAGUCUGCUCCUCCUGGCUCAAUAGGAUCCAGAGUGACGAGGUUGUGCCCUGCUUUGUAAGAGGGGCUCCUGGGUUCCACCUGCCCCAGGACCCUCAGGUGCCCUGCAUCCUCAUUGGCCCUGGCACUGGCAUUGCCCCAUUCCGGAGCUUCUGGCAGCAGCGGCUCUUUGAAAUCCAGCACAAAGGCCUGAAGCCCUGUCCUAUGGUUCUGGUGUUUGGGUGCCGGCAGUCCAGGAUCGAUCACAUCUACAAAGAGGAGACGCUGUUUGCCAAAACCCAAGGUGUCUUCAGAGAGCUGUACACAGCCUACUCCCGGGAACCGGACAAACCAAAGAAAUACGUGCAGGACGUGUUACAGGAGCAGCUGGCCCAAACGGUGUACAAAGCACUGAAGGAGCAGGGAGGCCACAUCUACGUCUGUGGGGAUGUCACCAUGGCUGGGGACGUCCUCAAGACCGUUCAGCGCAUCGUGAGGCAGCAGGGCCAGCUGUCGGUGGAGGAGGCAGGCGCUUUCAUCAGCAAGCUGCGGGAUGACAGCCGGUACCACGAGGAUAUUUUUGGAGUCACCCUGCGCACGUACGAAGUGACUAACCGCCUUAGAUCUGAGUCUAUUGCAUUCAUCGAGGAGAGCAAAAAAGAUACGGAUGAGGUUUUCUGCUCCUAACUGGACCCUUCGCCCCAAAGGAUGCCCAACCAGUCCCGGCACCUGCUGCCCACUCCUGCCGAGGGC